ACUGCAGACACAGUACAGGGGAUGACCAGAGACUGUGGACACAGUGCAGGAGAUGACCAGAGACUGUGGACACAGUGCAGGAGAUGACCAGAGACUGUGGACACAGUGCAGGAGAUGACCAGAGACUGUGGACACAGUACAGGUGAUGACCAGAGACUGUGGACAACAGUGCAGGAGAUACCAGAGACUGCAGACAGUGCAGGAGAUACCAGAGACUGCAGACAGUGCAGGAGAUACCAGAGACUGCAGACAGUGCAGGAGAUACCAGAGACUGCAGACAGUGCAGGAGAUUCCAGAGACUGCAGACAGUAAAGGAGAUUACCAGAGACUGCGUAC